CACACACACACACACUUUAUAAAUGGUUCAUAAAAAAAUCCAGACUCGAUUUCAUAAUUCUCAGAGCUUUGUUCAACCAGGCAAAAUUUAACGUUUAGAAGGCAGCUCUGUUGCUUCACCUCUUGUGCAUGUAGUCUGAUGUAUUAUCUGGUUACUACACUAGAAAACAGGAUGGACUCUGAGAACCAGCGUGUUACCAGAAGACAAGGAAACCACAUCUGAGGUUUUUUUUUUUUUUGUGUGUGUGUGUUAUAGACAGAUCAGGAAGUAACUACAGUUGAUGUUUGAAGCUGCCUUGCUUCCUGAGUCUAGAUUUCUUUUUGACUCACGUGCGUUUAUACUAAAACUACGGCAUUAAAGCGAAACCAUCAGAGGAAAUUCAGCAUAUGUAGGGUCUGAGAUGAUGAUUUCCACACCAAAACUACAGCAGAUCUGCCUGAUAGUCACUUGCUGGCUUGGAGGACUCUUCUCUUGCUUGUUGUUUAUUCAGUAUGCCUCCCAAUCCUGUACACCCGAACCCAUUCCUUCUUAUCAUCAGGUUUACAAGAGCGUAAAUAUCUCUAAUCCCAUUACGACUACACAAGCUCAGGAGGAAAAGCCCAUCCUGCUGCUGUGGAUUUGGCCUGAAAACUACAGGUGGGACUUCAGAGACUGUAAAACCAUAUACAACAUCGACGGCUGCCAUUUGACUGAUGACAGAAACCUUUACAACCAGGCGGACGCGGUCCUUGUUUUCCACAAAGCUAUCAAAUGGGACCUGUCCAACCUUCCACCGUCUCCUCGGCCUCCAUUUCAAAAAUGGAUCUGGUUUCACGUAGAAUCGCCGACCAACACCCCAAGGAUCCCUGGCAUGGAGAAGCUUUUUAACCUCACACUGAGCUACAGACGGGAUGCCGAUAUUUCCGUGAGGUAUCGCCUCAACCUCAACAAGAAGCCAAACAAGGACUUCGUUCUCCCAAAGAAGGACAAGCUCCUGUGCUGGUUCGUGUCCAACAUGAACCCCAGUACCGGAGUAGGGGUCAGGAUGAAGUACUACAACGAGUUAAAGAAGUAUAUCACAGUGAGUAUUUUUGGAAAAAUUGCUGGAACGCGCUUGAAAGAUGAAGAAUACUACUCCACGUUGGCUAGCUGUAAGUUCUACCUCUCUUUUGAGAACUCUGUCCACAGGGACUACAUCACGGAGAAACUAAAUGGUCCUCUCGUGGUUGGGACCGUCCCCGUUGUUUUGGGGCCUCCGAGAGAAAAUUACGAAGAGUUUACUCCGGGUAGUGCCUUCAUUCACAUCGAUGACUUCCCAAACGCUGAAGCUCUGGCUAAAUAUCUGCUUCAGCUGGACCAAGACAACGAAGCAUACAUGCGCUACUUUGACUGGAGAAAACACAUCACGGCGACGCCACAUCUGAUCGUUUGGAAUCAAGAAUUUAUCAUAUACAUCUGUCACGCCUGUGAAUAUAUCGGAAGGCACAAAGAGUAUAGAGCUGCAAAAGACAUCUACAAGUGGUGGUUUUCAUAAAGAAGAGCUCCAACACUUUUUAUUAAGCAUAAGGGCUGGGCUAAGAUUUUUUUAUAAGCUGGUUAAUUCCUGAUAUCGUAUACAUUCAUGUUAGCAUACAAGCUUCACUUUUCAUUACAGUGCCACAAGAUGCAACACAAAAUAGGAUUGAAUUAUAAAUAAAUAUAUAUGUCAUCACUACAUACAUGCAUUAAUUAAAAAGAAUGUUAUAUUAUCCGUCAUUAGUGACACUACUUAUUUAUUUUAUUUCUUACUUUAAAAAUGAAAUCUGAAGACAUUACAGCAUUUGUUAAUACAUAUUACAUUACAUAUUACACUGACAACUACAAUUAUUAAUUAUUGGAAUUUAGUUUCUAUGGCAUUGCAUCAUAAAAAAGAAAAAAAUAAUAAUAAAGAAAAAAAUAUAAUGUCACAAAUUUUUAUUAUUAAUACCAUCUUACAACUUACACAUAAUGAGGCUUUUUUACAUUAAAAAUCAUUUUUCAUUUCAAAAAUAAAUUUAGACUUUUUUUUUUUUUAACUUGAACUCAGUGAUGACAUUUUUAUUUAUUUGUAUUUUCAAAUUUUAAAAAAUAGUAAUCAUUAUUCAAAGAUUCCUUAAUAAUUAUGCACUAGGCAUACAGGUAUACAGGGAUACUUCAUCACAUUAAUUGAGCCUUACGAAGCAUUACGAAUUCAGGAAUUAGUAAAUAAGUCUAUCUCAUGACUGAGCCACACUGAUUUAUAAAUAUGAGCAUCACCAAAAGUGUUGCUGAAGUGUUUUUAACAUAAAGGGAGAGUAUUUAUGUCUUUUUUUUUUUUAAACUUGAAGAUGCUAAUGAUUUCCACAGUUCCAUUUGUAAGCACGGCUCAACUGAUCCCACCACCUCUCAUGAGAUAAAGUCGGUCUACAUCGAGACUCUUCUCAGUUAUGGUGGAAUGAAACUUCCCACUGAUGUCAGAACAGCUGAGUGAAGACCUACCUGUUCCUCAAAUACAUGAACUAGAACUUUAUAGAUUAAAUAAAAUGAGAAAAAAAAACGGCGCUAUAUUUCCUCUCGAGAGAGUUUUAGACAUGUGGUGUGUUUUGUCUGUGACCUAGCGAACCAGUAUCGAUGUUUUCACUGAUAAAGAUCUUUGGCAUGUGGCUCUGGAUAAGCCAAAAUGCCGUACAUGUACAGAUAUUCAGAAAUAGCAACACAACCUACAGUGACUUUAUUAUGAUCUAUUGAUUUGUUCAUGGAAAACUCAAGUGAUAUAAAAGCUGUAAUGGUUGAGUAUGGACAUUUUUUCCCCCUCUGUAACUACACUACGACAAUCCAGAGAACAUGGACUUGAUCCAAACUCAUGAAUUAUUUGCAAGAGAAUGCACAGAAACAAAUGGGAAUUUUACAGUGAUGUAAUUGAAGGCGUAGAAUGUAUUUUGCAGGCGUGAUUUUUUUGGUUUGUUUUGUUUUUAAGUGUAGAUGUAUUGAUUGUCUGGUAUGUUGGGGUUUCCUGUUCUUCCGGGGUUUUUUGUGCCUGACUGACAAAGAUUUUGAUGCUCACUGCACGCCACUUUUGCCGUGUUGUUUGUGUUGGACUGAAACAGUUUCCAGUGUAAAGGUGACAUCUGUUCAAUUCAAUUUCAUUUUUAUAGAGCUUAAAAGAAAGGACAACUGUCUCCAAGCAGGAAUAUAAAUAGUCACAAUAAAAAGUUGAACGUUGAAAUUUAUCUUUAUCCCUAAUAUGCGAUCCAGAGGCAACAUCUGCUCUUGUCUAUCAUCUCGCAGCACAAGCAAUCGAAAAGUAGGUCACUUCCUAAAACUUCAUAAUGCAGACGACGAAGAAGAGUAUCAGAGAAGUGUGAGACUUGCGGUGGUUUCAGGGUUUGGGUUUGUCGCAUACAUGCAGCCUUGUGGUCAUGUGACCAUCAUUGGAACAGAGCCAAAAGUCCUACAGCGAGCAUGUGUAUUAUAAACUCAAAACAAAGAAGCUUCUGUGUCAUGAAGGCAAGCAUAUAUCACCAAGACACACCCAAUUUCAAAACCGCUAAUCAUUAAUGGAUAUCCCUUCUGAAUAUAUUGAGUUUUUCUAAGCAGAUGUUUACUGGCUUUUCAGGCAGGUUCCUCACUUGUUUUUUUACUUCAUGAUUAUGGCAUGUGUUUAACGUAUCAUACAAUUUUGCUCAUGUAUUUGUUUCAUCCUGGAGAGGAGCUAAAGGGUGCUGGAACAGAUAUUACUGUCUGACUGCUGCUUAAAUGAUAGAAAUAAACUUAGAGAUCACCUGAAGAUAAGAUAGAUUAAGGUGUUUGGCCUGUAACUUGCAAACUACAGGGUUUUUUUCCCCCUCUCCUUGACCUUUGGCAAAUGUGCAAUCUAUGUAUGAAGUUCAUAAAUGUGCUUUAUGAGAAGAUCAUGUCUUUAUUUACAGAGUGAUAUAUAAUAUAAAUAUAAUGAAUAUAUAUAUAAUAUAUAUAUAUAUAUAAUGAAAUAUAAUUUUUUACACAGCAUCCGUCUUUGUGGUAUAAAAUAAUAAAAGAUAUUUUCCAAACCGAAACGGUUACAAUCACACUACUUACACUUGUUUGUGGAUCGUAAAAGGCAAAAUAUUUCAAUCGCAACAGAAUUGAAAUACAAAGGUUGUGUUUUCUUAGUUGUCCAGUUUGAGCAUCUGCAUGAACAAAAAUACUUCUGAAUACUUCUUUUUAUUUUACCGAUGACAUCAAAUCCAUCAGGGUUAAAGGUUAGGGUUUAGGGACUGAAAGAGCCUCCAUUUCUGGAACAAUCUACAUGGAAAAACAAAUCACACCAGUAAAUACAUCCUGAAUGUUGUUCGAAUAAUAAACGUUACCAACAACUACUGUGUUUUAUGUUAUCACAAGAGAGAGACCUUAACCUUUUAAUUGUAGCGGUUGUUAGCGCUUAUUAUUAUACACUUUUGUGACACGAUGCAUUCGAAUCUUAUUUAAAAAAUGCAGAAACAAUAUUCUAAACAAAUGACCUUUUUUUAAGCCUCUUACCUCAGCUCCUGUUCUUGUCUCCAUUUCAAAACCCUGUUUUGCUCUGUUUUAAAACAACAACAAUAGACUUGUGCAAUAUUUGACAUACAGCGUUUUAUCCUGACAGAAAACUCCGAAAAGCAUU